AUGUUGGAAACAACGGCACAAUUUAUCGGUAUUAUUUACAUUAUAACGGGAACGAUCGGCUUUUUGUUCAAUAUAAUAACAUUACUGAUGAUUGCUGUUAAUCGCGCAUUUCGCUUAUCUGCAUAUACAAUGAUGGCUAAUUUGGCCUUGGCUGAUGCCAUUAUGAUGGUAAUUGCUGGAAUAGUCUGUGGAUUUCGGAUUGUUUCAUCAAAAAAUCAUUGGCUAUUAAAUGUUGAAUCAAUAUCGCAAAUGGAAAGAUCAAAUUCGUCAGAGAUUGAUCGAAACUUCUUACCACCAAAAACUUAUCAGAAACAGUUUUUGCAAGGAGAUGAUCAAUCACAAUUUAAUGACUUUUCAAAGGAUUGGAACGAUGCUAUCUCACAGAACAUAUCUGAAAUCAUUGAAGUUUUCGCUGUUAAAAUACUGUCUUUCGCGUUAAUUAUCGCUUGGACCGCCAGUAUAUGUAGUUAUGCAUUCCUUGGACUUAAUCGAUGUAUUGCGAUUUGCUUUUAUCGGACAAGAGCCAAGACUUUCAAUAGAAUUUCAACAGCUCUAAUUUGUUCCGGAAUUACAUGGGCCAUUGGUAUUUUUACAGCUUGUUUGGGCACUAUACCGGAUUCGUUGAUCGGUUACCGCAGUGAUAUGUUAACGAUUAGCAUUUUCUUAACAAUUACGCUAUUUCUUAAUUUUACAAGUAUUUCUGUACAAUGGAUUUGCUCAACACUUGUGAUGAGAAAAAUUAUUAUGGUUCGCAAAAAAAUUAGCCAUAAUAAAUUAAAUGUCAAUAGUGCCAACAGAUUCAAAAAGCAAGCGAGAUUAACAUUUCAGUUCUUUUAUCCAUCUAUGAUAUGUACUAUAUCAUCGAUUAUAUAUUUCGCAAAACCGUUCUUAACAAAUAUUUUAUCGUGGUGGCAGUUUUUCAUAUUACAUGCGAUUUGGUUAUUUCAUCAUAUGUGCAAUCCAUUUAUAUAUGCAUAUUUUAAUGAAUGCAUGCGAAAAUCAUAUCAAAGCUGGCUAACCUGUAGUAAAAUUCGCUUAUGUAUACGAAGAUACAAACGAAGAUUUAUAAAUUUGCAUGGACGCCGAUUCACUAAUGCGAGGCGACAAAAUUAUUCAGUUGAUAACCAAUUAUCAAAACGAUCAACAAAAUACCAAAGUAAUUUUGUACGAAAUAGUUUGCAACUUCAAAGUCGAAACUUUGAACAAUUAUGUGAAUUUAUGAUGCGGGUUAAUCCAAUGAAUUAUGGCAGCGAAGGAUGGACAGAAAGUAGCGAUGAAGAAGAAAAAAAUUUCACUGAAAAGCACAUGUCAAAAUCGAAUGGACAAACAACUGUUCUCAAAUUUAGUAGAAAAAAUUUAAAGAAAUGUGCGCAAAAUGCUAGCUUAUAG